GCUUAAAAGUAAUUAUAAAUUUAAAAAAACAUUAAAUGUGUUGAUGUAUGUUUCCCAGCAGGAUGGGGACAUUCGUGACCCUGGCAGAAGUGUUGGAGGCCCGGGGUUCACCGCUGGACGAGGACGAGGUCUGGUGUCUGCUGCUCGCCACCACCGACGCCUUAAUGGACAUCUCCAAAAAAGGUUCAGGUAACAUGUGCAGUAUGCUGAGCCCGGGCUCGGUGCUGCUGUCAGCCAAUGGGAGUCUGGCCUUCAAGAGCUGUGCCCGAUAUGAAGAUCUGGCCUCGUUCACAGCUCCAGAGGCCCAGCAGGGUCAUUCUGCCUCCACCAGGACGGGAGCCGAAAAGAUGGUGGUGUACUCACUGGGAAUGACUCUUUAUUGGUGCGUUGAUUAUCAUCUACCUCAAAACCAGCCGGUCCAGCUGAGUGCAGAGCUGGAGGGUCUUCUGCUCAGCAUGUGUGAGGACGUAGUAAUCAGGAGGACAGACCUGCUGACGGUGCUAGAGACCUGUGAGCUUCACCACAGAGCCGCCAUGCUGCCUCCGGCCGAACGCCUCAUCAGGCAGCUGGUAGAAGACGUCUACCAGAACUCAGUUGAUCAUGUUUCCAUGGCUGAUAACGGAUCCCGGCUGACAGACCGCAGUCAAAUGAUCCGGGACAGAUUACACAGAGGCUCUUUUAGUAACUCAACAUGGGCGCUAAAGAAGAAGAUUUCUAGAACUUUCUCUGGAGCGUCUUAUCCAUGCGAGCCCACUCGGAUUGCCUCUGGAGGCCGACACCGGGAGAGUUUCUGCAGCUGGCAGCAGCUGAGCAGAAACCCCUGCAGUCCCUUCAUGGACGCAAACCGCAACGCCAACUCAAGAUCCCUCGCACAGUUUGACUCCUCCAUGAGUCUGAGUGACAAGAAAUUAAAGGAAAUGGGUCCGGAGUUUAUCAGGAUGUCAGAUGAGCCUCCUGUUGUCUUGGAGCUGCCUGGAUCCAUUGUGUCAAAGAAAGGUAAAUGUGCGAGCAGCAGCAGAGAGCUGAGCGUGGUGAUGCCCAGCGGUCAGAGCGUCCUGGUGAAGUGUGAGGUGAAGUCCAGAGGACGAGAUGUCUUCGACAUGAUCGUGGCUCACUCCAACCUCAUGGAGCAUUUCUACUUUGGCCUUGCUUAUAUUGAUGAUAAUGAGUUUUUCUUCGUGGACAAUGAUACCAAGAUUUCCAAAGUGGCUCCAGAUAGUUGGAAGAAAGUGCCUACCACCACCUUUGUCCUUUUCUUCAGGGUCAAGUUCUUUGUCAACGACAUUGCUCUUCUUUUACACAAACAGACCCGCCACCAGUACUACCUCCAGCUGAGGAGAGACCUCCUGGAGGACAAGCUGUCCUGCCACGAGGAGACGGCCGUCUACCUGGGAGCUCUGGCCCUGCAGGCCGAGUGUGGAGACUGCAUGCCUGAGGUGUACGGUAGGAACUACUACCGCCCUGACCAGUACGUCUCCAAGAGCGUGAUGGAGAAACGUGCCUUGCCGUUUAUUCAGGCGGAGCUGCUGCGACUUCACACCAACAACUCUCAGAUGCUCACUGACGAAUCAGAGCUGGAGUUCCUCAAGGUGUGUCAGCAGUUACCUGAAUACGGCGUGUUAUUCCACCGAGUGACGAGAGAGAAAAAGCCUUCAGAAGGAGAGAUCAUCCUCGGGGUUUGUGCCAAAGGAGUCAUCCUCUACGAGGUUAAAGAUGGCUGCCGCUCCACCAGCCAGACCUUCUACUGGAGGGAGACGGCAACAAUCUCCUCUAAUAGACGUAAGUUUGUGAUAGAGAGCCGAGGCAGCAAGAAGAAGCACACCUUCAUCACAGAGAGGUCAAAGAUCGCCAAAUAUCUGUGUAACCUCUGUUCAGCCCAACACAAGUUCAACAACGAGAUGAACUCUCGCCAGCUCAGCCAAAGCCUGGUCUCAGAAGACAACAUGGUGCAGUAUCCAGCGGCGUGUCGUUCUCAGGGCAGCAGGAUGAAGUCGUACUCGUGUUCGGAGACGCCUCAGGACGACAGCGGGCUGACCACGCCGCAGGACGAGACGCUCAACAAGCUGUGUGACGACGUGGCCGCCAGGAUCGAGACCCGCAUCAAGCAGCAGCGCCUCAACGACCACAGCACGUGCUCCAGCAGCCAGCCCAGCAGCGCUGGGAUGCGUUCCCCAGCCUUCUCUCAGAGGAGUGGAUCUGAAGCUCCGUCUGGCUCUCCAGCAGCAAGAGAAACUCCUCCUAAACUAGGAUCGUCCUCAGAGAGAGAAGUCCUCUGUGUGACUCUAAAGAAAGACCCAAAGCUGGGCCUGGGUGUAGUGAUAGUGGGAGAGGACACUGUGGGGACGUAUGACUUGGGCAUCUUUGUUGCGUCUAUUGUUCCUGGUGGACCUGCUGAUAAGGACGGACGCAUCCGACCAGGUGGCCGUCUGAUCUCUCUGAACCACGUCAGCCUGGAGGGCGUCACGUUCAGCGAGGCAGCGGAGGUGAUGCAGAGCAGCCCCGAGGAGGUGCAGCUCAUCAUCUCACAGCCCAAAGUGAGCCCCAGCCCCAACAGUGUGCGCUCUCUCGGGUUGAGGAAUUACGAUUCCCAGACCACGCUGAUGGCGGACGGCCGGUCAGGAGACGACAGUUUGGAUGAGAUUGUUUCAGUCAUGAUGCCGCCGAAGACCAGCAACAGGCUUCAUGUCCCCAGAGAAGUCCCCCCAAGGGUCUACGGCGCACAGGACAACUGCUCCCUGUCUCCUCCUCUAAACUGUGGGAGGCCGGAGGUGAUCACUGUGACGCUCAGAAAGAUAUCAGGAAGUCUCGGCAUCAGCAUCUCUGGUGGAGUCAACACUAACCUUCCAAAUGGAGGAAUCUACAUCAGGAGCCUGGUUCCAGGAGGAGCUGCUGAGAGAGAUGGACGUAUACAUUCAGGCGACAGAUUGUUGGAGGUGGAUGGGAUUCGCUUCCAGGGCUUCACCUACCAGCAGGCUGUGGAGUGUCUGAGUAAAACUGGGGAGGUGGUAACCCUGGUCGUGGAGAGGCAGCUGAUGAACCUACCGAGGGUUUCUCUCAGUGCCGACACCAUCAGCAGUGGAUCCAAUCAGAGCGCGAGUCCAGUUUCCAGCCGGCUCCGGAUCAACAGCUGCUCGUCCAACAGCACCGCUCCAAACACGACCUCCGACCUUUCCAAGGACUACAGCUUCGUCACUGACGGUAACACCCAGGAAGUGACUCUGACGAAGAGCGACCAUGGUCUGGGCUUCAGCUUCCUCAUGUGUGAGCUGGAUCCUCCCGUCUGGGAGUUUGGUAGCCUGAUCCGGAUCAAGCAGCUGUUCCCGGGUCAGCCGGCCCAGCAGAGCGGCCGGAUCCAGGAGGGGGACGUCCUGCUGGCGGUCAACGGACAGUCCCUCAGAGAGCUCUCCUACCCGAGAGUUCUGAAGCUGUUCAAGACUUCACCACCUGAAGUUAGACUGACUCUCAGUCGGCCUGCACCAGGGGUCCUUCCUUCCAUUGAUCAGUUUACAGGGACAUGAGUGAUGUCACAGAGUCACGCAGCAUCACGGGACGUUCCCCAGCAGCAACACGUCCUGAUCAAUCACUAAUCAAUCAGGAGAAACCUAAAGAUAUCAGUGUUCUGACUCUGACUCUUCUGAAAGCCGACUGAAGACUCGCUGACGGAGGUCGGAGGUCAAUGUGGACGGAUUUAUGGAAGCGAUUGUUAAAAAAAUG